AUGAUAUUUGAGCUGAUUAAGUCGUUGUUCGUAUUACUUGUACUGUUUCAACACUGUAUCUGCAAGCCACAAUGGGAGUAUGAGCCAAUUUCUAUAGUGUCACAAACUUCGGAUCCUAACAAACUAAAUCUUGAAUCGGAAGUUGUACGCAUAAAUCGUGGAGAAUAUGCUUUCAGUGGCGAACUCUUUUGGAAUUUCGAUGCAGAUGAAACUACAAUGGUGGAAUCCAUGGGCUAUCGCAGCAACACUGGCAACGAAGAAGAUUAUAAGCUGCUGCCCAUGGGCAUACCCAAGCAAACAUAUCAGGAAUAUUUGGAAAAUUUCUAUGAGAAAAUGCUCUAUUUGAAUGUAAAAAACUGUUCAAAAUUGCCAGAGCCAGAGAAUGCCUGGCCUUGGGCUAGAGGAACUUAUACAUUUAAGAAUUGUGUAGCAACUGGUGAUGGUUUGCCUGAUGUAACACCCGAAGGAUACUACAAGGUGGUGUUUAUGGUGACGGGUGAAGUGGAGUGGAACAUGACAAGUAUUGUAAAGGUUACAACAAAAGUUAACUUGUAUGGUUAGCGUAAUACUUUGUACAGAUGUUGUUAAAUAAAAACAAGU